AUGGUAGCGGAGCUGGAGAAGAAGACUGGUAGCUGCGUGUGGAGCAGCACCUGGACCUCUCCGACGAGAGGACAAAUCCCCGGCAAGACGGGGAAGGGAAAAGCAAAGGGCCAAGGAAAAGCCCAAGAGAGAACCAGGUCCGCCCGAGCCAUAGAGCGGCGGAUACUACGUGGGGCAGCAAGGCGUGCAGAAGGCUUGCUGAACACCACUGUGGAAGCAGCCAGCGGUACGACCAACAGGCCGGACCACAACGAGCUGGACUACGUGGAAGGCUUGAGACUUCAGGCCGUUCCAGAACAAGAAGUACCAGAGUUUCUGGACGUGAACAGGACUGUGGUUGGUGGUCUGCCAACACACAGCAAAGCAGGAGGAGCGACCAAGCGCGUGUGGAGGAAGUUCGAGAAGGACUACCCGAGCCUCGCCAAAGUCGUACAGUCUACACCGGGUGGAAAGGCGAGAAAGUCCUUUGCCCAGGAAGAAGGAGGUCGACGAGUAGCACAAGGACUCGUUGCACCUAGGGCACAAGUCGUGCCAACCACACUGCCGCCGCCUGAGCAGCGUGGAGAGGAAGCAGUAGGAGAGGAAGAAGAAACACACGCGGCAACGAGCGUGUGGUACUCUGUGGACGAGUUCGGGAACUUCAAGGAGGAGGUCGACGACUCGCCCGAAGAAGAGGAAAGGCCGAAGACCGAGCAAGCGUCUUCAGCGGCAAGUAGCAGCUCAGUGGGUGUCUCCGAAGUCGCCCGAGCUGUUCAGGACCUAGAGCUGAGGAGUCAGAAAGCCUCAGAAGAAAGAAACCCAGAAGGUCGAGAAGAAGGACGGGACUACCAGCGUGAGGAGUUGGAGGACCGUGAAGAGCGGGACUACCAGCGUGAGGAGUUGGAGGACCGUAGAAGCAACUGGAGCGAGACAGCUUCCAGUAGCUCUACAAGCUGGUCGAGGAGUACCUGGAGUAGCAACUGGGGAAGCGACCAGUCGAGGGCUUGGGCCGGACGUAGGGAGUUUGAACGAACCUCCAAGAGUGUUUUCUCAGAAGAGGAAAAGGUCUCAAUCUUAGCGCAUGUAGCACCUCCAGAGCUUCAGCAAAGCAUCUUUAUGCACAGCGACGCGUUGGGCACUUACGCGAAGAUUCGAGACUACAUCGAGCAGUACCUCAUCAACAAGAACGUUUGGAAGAGACCGCAAGGAUCCCAGUUUGGAAUCACUAAGGCGGCAAACAAGGUUGAUGACGGAGGACUGAUGGACAUGACUGUGACUGACUCAGCAGAGAGUUUGCUGUCAGUUUUCAACAUGGUGGAAAAGGGAGUCAGGUUUGAAGAAGAAAAGGAACCUGAUACCUGGAGAAUGGAGACCAAUGAGGAAGGAGAAUUCGUGGUUCGUGUGCACAACACAGCACGAUUCCAACUAUUCAGCCCAGAGCGAAUGGCUGAUCUUCCUGUUCCAAUCAAUCGACUACUACCUGGUCGACUUACCAAGAUCUAUUUCUCCGAAGAUGGAUCGCAUGUGGAAGACCAGAGUUUGUGGACAAGAAAACAGACAUCUGCCAAGAACAUGGGCAGAGAAUGGCUGGGAGAAUCGUGGUUUAGAUUGAAGCCAGAGACUGAAAUUCCUGAAAAGAAGGAUGCAGAGAUUGAAGAAGCAAAGAAAGUUGAAGGAGUACGUGACCCAGACCAAGACAUGGAUGAGUUCUUUUUGGAUUGGGUGUACGUAGAAGAUCGAGUACAACCAGAUCCAAUUGAUCAAGACCAAGCCGAACGUGAAGUGUUUCGAGAGCAAAGACAGCUUCAUGAAGAAGGAGAAGUGAAAGAACAAGCACAGGAGGUAGAUGUACCAAAGGCACCGAGUGCACAACAGCGUGAGGAGCACAGGCUUCAUCAUGCAAAUUUCGAACCUUGGUGUGAAACUUGCAUCAAAGGACAAGGACGAGGUGCACCUCACAGAAGAAGCAAGGAAGACAAGAAAGAACACAUCAUCUACUCCGACUACAUGUUCUUCAGUGUGGAUGGUGAGAUGGUGAAUAGAAGUGAAGGAAAGAAGCAGAAAGGACUGAUCACAGUGCUGACGGCAAUUUGCAAGGACAGUCAGUAUCCCUUCGCCAUGGUGGUCCCAUCAAAAGGAGGAGGGUACUACUCAAGGGAUGCGUUGGCAGCUUGGAUCAGAGAUCUGGGAUGGAACAAAGUGACAAUACAAAUAGAUCAGGAAAAUUCCAUGAACAAGUUGUUUGACAGAGUGAGGGAUCUCAUGCCGGAAAGAGUAGAGAUUCGGAAAUCACCACGGUAUAGCUCACAGUCUCUUGCAGAUGGAGAAAUGGUGAAUGGACUGAUAGCUGGAAAGAUUCGCACAUGGCUGUGUGAGUUGUCUGAAAGCUAUGCAACGAAAAUUGGAACCGAGCACUACGUGUUCCCAUGGAUCGUGCGUCACAGCGCAUGGACUUUAGCAAGGUUUCAUGUCAACAAGAGCAAGACCACAGCGUUUCGUGUGAUAAAGGGCAGAGACUACGUGGGUGAGUUGAUACCAUUUGGAGAGACAGUGAUGGGAAAAUUUCCAAAGGUGAAAGACAAGUCUGCACCUCGAUGGACAAAAGGAGUCCCAUGGAAUACAGUGUUGGGAAUCGAGAAAACAAAGCCGGAAGCAAUCUCAUCGGAGGUGAAAGCAAUUGUGGCACCAGAAAUCGAAGGACAGGAAACCUAUGAUUUCGAGGACAAAUCGAAACAAGAAAACGAGCCGAUCUUUGAUGACAAACCAGAAGCAAUGGCGAAAGCAAAGGUGGUUCACAUACCACAACCUAUUGUACCACCAUUGCGGAAUGCACCAAGAUCAGCUCCAAGUACACCGAAAGGAGGGAAAGCACAGAAGAGCACAAAGAAGGAAGACAAAGCACCAGAGAUGCAGGUGGACGAUGAAGGAGAGAGGAUCGAGAUUGAAGAAAAGGAUUCCAAGAAGCCACGACUGGCAGAGGGUACAACCUCUAGUGCCGUACCGGGCGACACCGGAAUGAAUCCAGGACAACCUGAACUGUACCGCAUAGACACACCAACAGAUGACAACAUGAGUGCAGCGGGCACAGCGUCUCAGGACAUGGUUUCUGGAGUCAGUAACGGUGAAGUUCCAGAUGCGGAAGAAAUGAGGAAGAAAUACCAUAUGCCAGUGAACAAGGACCAUGUAUGGUUUCAGAAGUGGCUAGAUGAGAGAAAGGAGUACUUCCAGAGUGAAAUGGUGGCAAACAUCAUGGACUACCUGGACCAAAUUGGAGCAGCAGAAGAAGAACAAAAGAAAGCUCGAAAGAUGGAGAUCAAGAAGUUGAACGAGGACUUUGGAGCAUUUACACCGAGAGACGGAAGAUUGAUUCCAAAGGAAAUAACAGUGUUUGGUCAUAAAUGGGUAGACAAAGUUAGUGAAGGAAUUGCAAAGUCAAGGUUGACAUGUCAGGACUUCAAACGAAAGGGACAGGACAAUGACAGAAAUACGUCGGAAGCACCAAGCAAUUUUUGUCCGACACCACAUGGAUGUUCCAGAAAACUGUUGGAAGUCUACAGUAUGGCAACAGGACUACCACGAGUGAAAGCAGAUCUCACAUCAGCGUUUCUGAUUGCCAAUGACCAAGGUGACAAGACAGGACAACCUGUGAUGAUGAAACCACCUAAGGAAUGGCUGGAAGACUACGACGAUUGGUACUUGUUGCAGCCCAAGGAAGUUCAAGAAGAACUCAAGGACGUUCCUAAGGAACAUAUCCUGUGGCAAGUGGAUGGCAACUUGUACGGACGUCAGUCAGCAGCAGCACAGUACAGAGACAGAUUAGAAGAAAUAAUCACUAAAGAGUUACCACCAGAACAAUAUGAGUUUCAGCGAGGAGCAAUCGAUGGAUGUGUGUACAAAUGUGAGAAAACAGGAACAGUGCUGAUUCAUCACAUAGAUGAUUUCGACAUUUGUGGACCCGAGAAAGUUUUGAAUGAUUUGCUGAUGAUUCAAUUUCCAAAGAACGGUUGCAAGCUGAAAAUGGGAGAGAUGGAAUACCCGUUUGUAGGAAGUAAAACAACUUCAGAGUUUCUUGGAAGGACCAAGAUCAAUGUCGAAGAAGCCGUGAUCACGAAACCAAACGCGAAACAUGUAGAGGUGAUACUGAAACAACUGGGUUUGGAAAAUGCCAAGCCUGGACCAGUGCCAGGAAAGAAACUUGACCUGACACAGGAAUUGGCAAAACGCAUUCGGGAACCAAGGGAAUGCGACAUGGCCAACCUUAAAGUCCUGGGAAGGUAUCUCCGAGGAACCACGAACUAUGGGCAUGUGACAAAGUUGACAGAGGGGAUCGACAUCCGAGAAGGAAUCCCGAUGCACUGCUACUGUGACAGUGACUGGGCAGGAGACCAAGAAAGCAGACGUUCCACAAGCGGUGAGGCGAUUUUCGUAGGUGAACUGGUACGAAACGGAUGCGAGUUGAUAGGACUCGUGGACCUGACUGAGGAUGGACUGGACAAACACGUGUCGAAAACAAACAUGAGAACAAUAGGUUCUGUGAAUGAGAACGAAAACAAACGAUGGAAAGCGCAAACCGGCUCAAAGCUUAGCGUUCGACAACACGCUUCCGGGGUGAAACGAAAUGGAAACCUUGGGGGACACACCUGUGUUGUGGGGCGGCAAAGCCAUCAUGCCGGGAAACACCGGGAUUGA